CAAACGAAAUCUAAUGCAUGUCCUGUGCAAAUUUAAACCUUCUAGCUCUUAUCGUUUGAGCUCUGCGUUGAUUACGAUAAGGAAUACAUCUGAGUAUGCUUCGAAAGAAGUUUAUUCAGUUCAGAUAAAUCUAAAUUUCGGUUCAUCAAUAUGCUCGCAAAUUGUAUAAGGCCUGAUGAGGCCAAGGAACUGUGCAAGUUGAUGAAACAGCAUCAAAUCAUACCAGAUGUAGUUGCCUGUUUGCCAUCCCUGGUUGUCAAUGUCUUGUAUCCUUGCGAGACUAAAGUCAGACCGGGCUCUUAUUUAACUCCUUUGAAGGUCCGUCGCCAGCCUGUCAUUAGAUGGAUGGCAGAGCCGAAUAAGUUUUAUACUCUGGCAAUGAUUGACCCGGAUGCCCCAAGCCGUGCUACCCCAUUAUAUCGGGAAUGGGUUCAUUGGUUGGUAGGCAACAUUCCUGGCUCCGAUGUCAUUUUUGGCGACCCACUUGUUGCCUACAUUGGAAGUCGUCCACCUGCGGGCACGGGUAGACACCGCUAUAUUUUCAUUGUCUUCAAGCAGAUCUGUCACUUGGAUUUCGAUGAGACCCAUAUACCCAACGAUAUGUGUGACGAGCGUCGCAGUUUCAGCAUUAAGCGAUUUGCACAAAAAUACGCACUGGGCAAUCCUCUAGCUCUGAACUUUUUCUUUUCUUCUUGGGAGAGCGAUGAAUUAUAAUGAGUAUUAUUAUUUUGGUAACUGAAUAAAUUCUUAAGAAUAGUAAUA